CACAAAACGUAUUGGAAUGGAAUUUGCUAGCUUGCCUUGUUGUGCGUGCUUUUGUUUCGUCUUUCGCUUCGCUUUCCGGUCUUUGGUCAUCGUACAAAAAUUAGCUUCUCUCUUCGUAAAAUCGUGAAUAUUUCGAGUCAGAAAUUAAUUUCUGUUUUAUUUUAGAAUUGAUAUAUUAUUCGUAAACUUUGCAGUCAAUAUGAGCAAAAGAAAUAGCGUCGUCAAGCAUGUGCACGAUGAGUAUAAAUUCCAGCACACCCGUACGGAAACUCGUGUCUACACCGAUAACAACAACCAGCGCCAUACCUAUGAAAAUAAGCAAAUUAGAACGGCCACUCAAGAAAGCUCAUCUAGCUCGCCUCGUUAUGCGAUUACAAACGGAAAUUCGGGAUCAGGCUCUCGUGCUGUGAGCAAUUAUUCGGGCAAUUCGGGUCCUCGCGAUCGAUCGACGUAUACUCAAACGUCGAAAUAUACCUACAGAGGUCCGAAUAAUGAGCGAUAUACGCAUUCGGAUCGUAAUUUCCAGUCAUCGAUUCAAAAAUCGUCGUACAAUCCGCCUCAACAAGUGACUUAUAGCACCGGCUAUGCCGCCGUAUGUUACGAUUCCGAUUAAUAGUUUCAAAUCAACGUGAAUUGAACAGUUGCAAACAAGGUACUGAUCGUUUAUUAUUAUUAUUCGUUAUUCCUCAGUUAUUAUGAUUAUUAUAAAAUAUCGUUCCAUUUUUUUUAUUUUUAUAUUAUUGUUUUCUCGACGACGAUUCCUUUGUGAUGUCGAACUUAUAUUGGUAUCUAAUUAGUAUUAUGUUGAAUUAUUUUUUUCCUCGAUCAUGUACCUCAAUUCACGUUUGUUCGUUUAAUUUAGUGUAACUUAAGCCAACGUUAACUCGUUAGAGAUCUGUUUUUUGCAUUUGAUAACUCUAAGUAUUAUAUUUGUAUUCAUUUUUUAUAUUAAUACAGUUAACGUUUCAGUUCAUGAAAUGAA